UACGUGCUUGUUUUGACAAGUCAGCUGACUGCCACAAUAAUGCCCCAAAACUUCUUUGUUAUUGUUGCAAAAGUAAUUGUUAGACACCCUAAUUAAACAAUGACUCAGCUCAAUGCGAGCGCGACGAAUCGAUGGCAGGCCAAGUGAUCUAAUAGCCGAUAAUUCCGAGUGGUCUGCCUUAUCCUGUUGGCACACAAAGGUGCCGAUUCUUCUGCGUAGGAAAACAUGUAACUGGGGCCUGUUGAUCAACACGUCGUAAUGGAGCUGACGCCAGCUGGGGCUGCUAUCGAAAACCUCUAUCCAGCGCUGCUGCAAUGCUUUGCCGUGAUACUCUGCGGCUAUGCGGCCGGCCGCAUGAACCUCAUCUCAGAGACAGAGGGAAAGGGCAUGAGCACUUUUGUAGGGACAUUCUCCCUGCCGGCGCUCAUCUUCAUGUCCCUAGCCGAGCUCGAACUGAACACGGUCAACUGGCUUUUCCUGCUCUCCAUCCUGGUGGCCAAGAGCAUGGUGUUUUUCACCGUCAUCAUUGUUGCCAUGCUGGUUGGACGCCCGCUCAACCUUGGCCGAGCCGGCAUUUUUGCCAUUUUCUGCACUCAGAGCAAUGACUUUGCCAUUGGCUAUCCCAUUGUUGCUGCGCUCUACAAACUGACGCACCCCGAAUACGCUUCAUACCUUUACCUGGUGGCGCCCAUCAAUUUGGCCGUCCUAAACCCGAUAGCCUUCGUCCUCAUGGAGGUGCACAAGAAACGACGAUUGGCUGAAGACGAGGAAAUGCUGCUGAACCAAGAGGUGGCGCCCCCUGAGAGUACCACGGUUCCGCAUAAAAGCCGCUGCAAGCUGGUGGUUUCCAUCAUGAAGAACAUAUUCCUGAACCCGAUCAUUUUCAUGACGAUAUUCGGGAUCAUCGGCAACUUGGCCUUCGGGCAUCGCGUGCCGCUCUAUCUCAGCGGGAUCUUGACGGUGUUGGGCUCCGCCUUCUCAGCCAGUUCCUUGUUCCUAUUGGGGCUUCGCAUGGUGGGCAAAAUCCACAACCUGACUGGCGCCACUCUGGUGGUCCCAGGAAUCCUAAUCAUGGUCAAACUAAUCGUCCUGCCGGUGGUCACUCGGGAAAUAGUCAAUGUGCUGCACGCAGGCUCGAACGGCUCAGAGACGCUGGACUUGAGCACCUACGGCUUCUUCUACGGCACCUUCCCGACGGCGCCCGGCGUUUUUGUCUUCGCCACUCAGUACCUGAUCGACGUGGACUUGAUUGCCAGCGCCAUGGUGGCCUGCACCUUCCUCAGCGCCCCGCUGAUGUUCGUCUCGGCCAAAAUGAUCACCAUCACCAACUGCGAUCCGUCUCAGUACGUGAAGGAGCUCGGCCAGCUCACAUUGGACGUGAGCAUUGUGGGCGUCCUGGCCUGCGUUUGGGUGGUGGUCGUCUUUGCGCUGUCCAGGAAAAUCAACAAAAUCCCCCACAAAGCCACCACUUGCCUGGUGGUGUCUCAUUUUAUCAGUUGCCUGGGCGCCAUCCUGUGGAACACCAUCAAGGUGGACGCGCACAACCGCAGCUACAUCCAGUUCGCCUUCUUCACCAUCGGCGUCUACAGCUCACGCCUCUGGACGGCGAUUUUGGCCAUCACGCUGCUCUUCUUGCAGUGUCGCAGUCUGUGCUUCGUGGUUAAACUGCAGCCCUACUUCAUGGCCGUAGGCUGGGGAGUACCGGUUCUGAUGUGCGCAACUCUUCUGAUCUUCGACAAGUCGGCCAGCCUGCCCUUUGAGAGGCAGAACCCCAACUUUGCUUACGGCGCGUCGCAGGCUGUGGUGGCCGUCUCCCUGCUGGUUCUUUGCUUUAUUGUGACUGGCGGCUGCCUUAUUCUCCAUCAGCGCUACCGCAGGCUCUACAGCCGCUACCUGGACGUGUCCAAUGAAGUCGCCAACCCACUGGCAGAGGAUUCGCCACUCCAGCCGGGGCAAUCUGGAUGCUCUGGCGUGGGGAAGAGCCCCCGAAACGGCCUGCCCACCAUUAAAGAGGGCUGUUGCGAGGACAAGGAGCUGACCAGUCCAGUGGACAUUGAGGACUUGGUCCCAACCACCAGCAGCGUUAACAGUUCAAAUGGAGACUGUGGUCUAAAGUACGGGUGCCAAGGGCCGCAAAGGGCGGCCUGUCAAGCGGUGGUUGGCCAGUACCGGCAGCCAAUCGACGAGGACUUGGAAGCAAUUGAAGAGGAGCCCGAGUCGCACGACCCGCAAAUACUGCGCCACACUGUGCUGCUGAUCCUGCUGCUUUGCAGCAUGUUUGUGGGACUGUCUCUCUCCAUAUGGACGCUGGUAAUGGAGCAAAUCUCGGGCAUCUACGUCGAACUGUCCUUCUUGGACGCGAUCCUGAACUUCGGCCAAAGCGUGCUGGUGUUCGUCAUCUUCGGCCUGGACGUCAAAGAGGUGGUGCUGCCAGUGGUGAAAUUCUGGAGGAAACUCUGGUUCGGAGCCAACACGCUCACGUUGCCCGCUUGGGAUGAACUCAGCCACGAAACUCGACAUGUUUGCGACCAGUUCGUCACUCACCAUCUCCGCAGCUGCAAGCAAGCAAUCGCUGCAGACAAACGCUGGCGGUUUACGGUUUACCACGACGUUUUCGCCGGCAAGCAGUUCAUUGAUUGGCUGAUUGAGGUCGGCUUGGCUCGGGAUCGCGUGGAAGCCGUCAACUACGGCCGGCAUCUGAUUGAGGGCAGGGUGCUGAAGCACAUUAACGGCGUAUACCAUUUCUACGACCGCAGCUUGCUCUAUACCUUCGUGUGAUGGUAGUUUUAGCGAAAUUUUAGUUUUAAUUGACAAACUCAAUAGCGUCUCUCCACAUUGAGCACUGUAAAAGCGUCCGCACGUUGUUUUUCCACCAAAGAUCAGCGCAUAUGGAAAAUAUUCACUUGGCACCACUUACCAGGAGAAAACUUUCCAGGCUGGCUGCUAAUUGAAAUCACUAAGCACAAUCUGAAAUAAGAAAUCAAAACUUAGAUCUGAUCCGAAACGGCUGUUCUGUGGCCCGUUUUUCUGUAGGUAAACCUUCAGUAGCGUUUUACACGGAAAAAACACCCUGUGAGUGUUUAAAUGUACAUUUCGACAAAUAGGAUUUAACCAAAGUGCAUAGCAUUAAGGCUUAACAGCGCUAAGUGAACAGUUGAAUUAUUCUAUGCGAAAGUUGUAAAUUGUGAGAUUUUUGAAGUCUGAUAUAGACAAUAGGCAAUGUGAGCUCUUGUUGCAAAUAAAUGUUUAAGAGUUA